CUUCCUUCCCUUCCACCCAUGUCCAUCGAAGGCGUCUCGUGUGGUGGACUGGACUGGGUCUGAGGUUUCUUCUAGGAUCCCUUGUCAGUAGGUUUCUGUAGCCGCUUCGUCUUGGUGUGCCAGUCGGUGAUCUCGUGAAUAAAGUCCACUUGAAAUGCUUUUCGCCAGGCUAAAGGCUUGUUUAUGUAAAUGAAUAAGCAUCUCCGUCGUCGCCUGAUUUUCCUACUUCCUCGCUCCCUGUUUUCGGACUCUUUCACGAUGAGAGAAGCAGAUCUCACGUCGCUUCCUAGUUUCGAUGCAUGGUUAACAAAUCGUCAGCACCUGCCGUCCUCGCAAUCCUCGUCGCUAUCAUCUCCGUGGGCAAGCAUCCAGCUGACAGAACCAAUCCUGGAACACAGCACUCCUCCUUCUGAGUUGAUUCAAAUGCUAUCCUCGUCGCUACCAUCUCCGUGGACCAGCAUCCACCAGCAGUUGACCGAACCACUCGUACCACGCAGCACACCUUCCUUCACCUUCCCCACUCCUCUCGAAACCUUCCCUUCGCAUGUCUACUACCCCGUUUCAUGCACAAUCGUCGGGAUGUACAUGAUAACUUAUCAGUCCGCGCCACAUGUUAGCAGCCCUUCUAGCAGACAUGAUGGCAGCAUGAAUCGACGCGCUGACGAAGGCAUUGUCGAGCGGAUAACCUUGCUGAAACGAAAGAGCCUGAGUUAUCCCAGGGCUAUAGCAACCAUGGCGUCAACAGAUAGCGGUGCUACUACCAGUAGCCCACCAUCUGGGAGCGAUGCCGACUACUUGACAUCUGGCAGCGAUUUCAGUGGCCCGACAGCAGCAAUGGAUGGCGAUGCUGAUGUCCCCCAGCCUCCUGAUAGCGAUGCUGAUACCUCGUCGUAUGAACGCGUCGAGCCAUUUCGCUGCAAGCUGUACUCUGUUCCAAGACGACACGGCAAUCCGGAGAAAAUCGUCGAUGAUCCUGUCAUGGCGCCAAUCAAUUCUAGUAUCUGGAGUCGGACAGACGAUGAUGGUUCGCACCUGCUACUGGCUUCGGCCAUGCCACCCCUACCUCGGAUCGAGGCCUGCCAUAAGAGGCCUGUGCUUUCGCGAAUGCUGGCAAAGAAACACUACAGUUAUCGUGCUUCGCGCAGGGAGCCUUUCUUGUCGCCAGUGCGAGAGCCUGAGGCCUACGUUAUCCAAUCUGAACCAUUUCCCCACCUGCCCGUUCUAACACCACCCACCUUCCUCGACUUGAAACCGGGCAAACGACGUCAUAUGUUCUUCUAGUGAUUCAAUCGGGAAUAUUAGACAGUGCCACUAUGUGU